GAAAAGCGCGGGGCGCGCGCGCCGGGUCUGAGCGCUGCCCUCCCCUCAGAGCCCUCAGCGCCCGCUCCCAUCGCUCACUGCCUUCUCCUCAGCGCCGCGUCUGGGCGCUCCCUUCCCCUCAGAACCCUCAGCGCCCGCUCCCAUCGCUCACUGCCUUCUCCUCAGCGCCGCGUCUGGGCGCUCCCUUCCCCUCAGAACCCUCAGCGUCCGCUCCCAUCGCUCACUGCCUUCUCCUCAGCGCCGGGUCUGAGCGCUGCCCUCCCCUCAGAGCCCUCAGCGUCCGCUCCCAUCGCUCACUGCCUUCUCCUCAGCGCCGGGUCUGAGCGCUGCCCUCCCCUCAGAGCCCUCAGCGUCCGCUCCCAUCGUUCACUGCCUUCUCCUCAGCGCCGCGUCUGGGCGCUCCCUUCCCCUCAGAACCCUCAGCGCCCGCUCCCAUCGUUCACUGCCUUCUCCUCAGCGCCGGCUCCCUCUGCUCACUGCCUUCCCCUCAGCGCCCUCAGUGCCUGCUCCCAACGCUCACUGCCUUCCCCUCAGCGCCGGCUCCCAUCGCUCACCGCCCUGCCCUCAGCGCCGGCUCCUACCGCUCCUCUCUCAGGGCCGGCUGCCGGGGCUCCCGACUGCGCUGCUCGGACACCCAUUCCGCCCCCGGGGCACCUCUUGUCACCUGCGAGCCUCGGCUCCUCGGACGAGUCGCGAUUUCAGCAUCGCCCUGCGAGGGUCCGAAGCUCCGCAAGGAAGCAGCAGGCACGGAACGCACCGGUUCGGUUCUCAAACGCUCCAAAGCGCUUCCCAGCUCCUCCUGUGGCAGCGUAAAGUCAAAUACUCGGAGCUGUAAACGGGCAGUGAUUCUGAGAUAUGGAUGAGAGCGCUUUUCAAGCUUAUGAAAAUGAAAUCCAGGCACUGGAAGAAGAAAUUAGGCUGCUGACAGAAAAGUAUGAAGAUAUGCAACAGGAAUCCACCUUCUUUUCUGAUGAGGAGAUACUGAAGGCAAUAAAAUCACUCCAAGGAGAAACUCAGGGAGAAACCAAUGGACAUGAAUCUCCAUCAGACCUGAUAGCUCAGCUUGAAAGCCUAGAAACAGAUCUCUCAUUUUUAAUGGAAUUUACUGGGUUUCAUUUCACAAGUCAUUCCAAGAAAACGGUGGAAAAAACUCAAAACAGAACUGUGCAGAAGCACAGAUUAUCAGGGAAGUGUCACUCCCUACCUUUUCAACUGGAAUUCCAGCUUCUUGAAAUGCAGAAUGAUCAGAAAGUGUCUGCUGUUGUUAGUGAUCUCAGCAUUAUAAUGGAAUCCAGAGAAGAUUCAAAUGUGAGCAAGUUUGUGUCACGCACUGAAGAACAUGGAGAUCUUCCAACAUUUUUCAGAAGCCUUUCAACCUAUGCUGAGUGGUACGAGCAUCGUAGACACACCUUCCUGCAUUUCAAGGCCAAGUAUCCUGACAUCGUGACCCUUCCAGAAGGACUGUUGGGAGAUUUUAUAAUUCUAAGGAAUCCCAAAGUUUCUGGGUUUGAAUUGAUGAUUGUCUGGAAGAUCCAUCUUGAUGAAGAAGGGACCACUACACCUGUCCUGGACCUGCUGCCCAAAGUACCAGAGCAAGUGCUGGAGCAGAGGAUGAGGAGUGUGGGGAGCAUCCCUGGCAGCUUCCGCAGCGCGCUCCGGCUCUUCGGCAUCGAGGCAGCCAUCGAGAACCUGAUCCAUGUGCUGGGCUCAGGACAGUGAAUGCCAGCAUUGCUUACACCAGACCUCUCUUCACCAGGAGAAGAGCAGCUGAAGAAAAGAACAUGAGCUGUGCCCUGGUGAGGGUUGACAGGAGCAGCAG